GAAAGGUAGUCAGGGCGCUCGUAUGGAAGUGUGCCACUGUAUUUGGGAAAUGCGCGAGCAGGAAUCUUGCACUAGGAAACAGACGCUGGCUCUCCAGUGGCGCGUGAGGACGAUUAAAACACGCAAGCUAUAAUUUAAAACACUGUUUACUUCAUAAAGGACCUAUUUUAAACAUUUUGCCGCUGGUAUUCCGAGUUAGAUCUUAGAUUGGAUGCAAUUAAGUGACGUGUCAGCACUGAUAUUUUAUGAAACCAAAAAGAAAACAUCUUGUUUCAUUUGAUUUGGUAUCUUUGAAAAAAGCAACGCACACUUUACUGCGCGAACUUGCCACCUAGAACCGUUUUGUGGAAUUUAUGGUGACAUUUCCAUAUUGACAUUACCAUUUGGAUGGACUACUGUUUGGAUCUUUCCACGGUCAGACUUGCUCUGGCAGUCGAGAUGGGUUAUUUGACGGCACUGUUACAAAUAGUUGCUGCGGUCCAGUUGAACAUUUUACCUGUACAGAGUUCUUCCUUAGUAAAUGUAAACAACAGCGCUAAAGUGAUGCUGUUUCAAGAGGUUUGGGGGAAAAGCUUCUGCCGCACUAUAGAGAAACUAGUGGAAGUGGUUCAGGAGUACCCUGGGGAGGUGGAGCACAUCUUCAGCCCCGCCUGUGUGCCAUUGGUCCGCUGCGCUGGUUGCUGUGGAGAUGAGAAUCUGGAGUGUCACCCUACACUUACAUCUAACACCACCAUGCAAUUAUUAAAGAUUAAGCCAGCGGAGCAGGCCCAGGAAUAUGUGGAGAUGACCUUUGUGGAGCACAAAGCCUGUGAAUGUAGACUAAGAAAACCUACAAAGAAACAAGACAGAUUGAAACCCAGAAACAGAGGGAGAAAAAGGAAGGAGAAAAAGAGAGUGAAAGACUGUGACACCUGUCAGCCUCCCCGUAGGUAAACGCUGUCUCGCCGUGAUGCCAGCCAAUCGCGCACAUCUGCCCCCUUCUGUGCGACCCUCACCGUCAUCAUCAUUCACUUAUGGAUACUGCCUCUGCUCUGCACCCCACCAUCCCCAAAGCAGAGUUGUUAUGGUGAUGGGGCUUCUGUCAGCACACAGGGGGGCCUUCCAGUCAUCUAUACAGGAAACUCCUGUCGUGCAGCUCUCUACAGAAGAAAAACAACCGAAAAUCUAAAAUCCUAGGGACUUAUAUUAUUAUAAUAUUACUAUUUUAUUGUUUUAUAAUAGUAGUAGUGAAAGUAAUAAAGUAAUAGUAGUGGUAGUUGUGGUUUAGCUGCCAAGUCUUCCCCUUUUAUUUAUUAAAACCCACUGAAGUAAAACUGGUGCAUUCCAUUAAUCAGUAUAUUAACAAAGCCAUCGUGUAUUUCUUCAUAAAUCAAGCACAGAACAAAAUGCCAAAUGUCAUCUCUUUAGAUUCUAUGUUACUGACUAUGUUGCAAUUUACUAAUGUGAGAACCAUCUU